CUGAGGAUACGCUGGACCCCAGGGCAUGUGGACAUCGAGGGAAACGAGCUAGCAGAUGUUGAGGCAAAGAAAGCAGCAGGAGGACAUUCGAGUGCCCCACCUGUUCUACCUAACUGCCUUCGCAAGCACAGACACGAUGGUCCCAAUACCAUCGCUACCCUCCCAUGCAGCAAAUCAGCACUCAAACAGCAAUACUACAAUCAGCUGAAGAAAGAGGGACAAACCAUAAUGCACGAAUCACCACGUUACCCACUGCCCAAGAAGAUUGAUGACGGAGUCCCAUCGAACCAAUUCCAGAAACUAGUUGCAGGCCUUCCCCAAAGGCAAGCCAGCCUCCUAAUGCAGUUGAGAAUGGGUCAUGCCCCACUCAACAAGCACCUCCACCGCAUAAAGAGGGCUGAAACACCGCUAUGCCCCGCCGGUGAAACCUGUGAAGAGUCUGUGCAUUAUUUCCUGAUGUCAUGCACCACAUACCGCACCCAGAGAGAUGCCCUACGUAGAUCAAUCCCGAACCGUGCAUACCACAUCUGCAGUCUCCUCAACAACAACAAGCACAUCUCCAACUUGUUCAAGUAUAUUGCUGCCACGAAGCGCCUAGAAUGA